AAAACUAUAAAAUCAUUUGUAUGCGAAUUUACGAUUACGUCACUAAAUGAUUUAGAAAACACUUAUUCACGUACAAUUAUAGUUUGAGCAUAAUAAGCAAUGAACUGGCAUCGAGCAAUCUAGGUCACACGCACCCGCGUUUUUGCUCAGCUUUUAUUCAAGGACGUCAUAUCAUACACGUUGACAGUAAAAAAUUAUUAUUCAUUUAUUAAUUUAUUUUUACAAUAGUUAUUUGUUCAAAGUAAAUCUAGUUGUUCACAAUUUAAGUUCAUUUAUUGACAAUUCCCGUCCGCCGCAGUGCGUACAAGACACGAUCCUUCAGGUAUCGCUUAUUUCUCAGCGAGGACAGGAAUGCGCUGCAGUGCUGCAGGAAAGUGAGAAGAGGCGGCAGGUUAAUUUCGGUCUGUAAAAUGGAUUGGCUUCUUUCGUCAUUAGAUAUUUUAUUUGAUUUUCCAAGAUGGUAUGUAGGUGCAAUCGUCGGAACAGGAUUUUUUACAUAUUAUCUGCAUGAAGCGGUGAAGCAACCUGUUCUUGCUUGUUCGAAUGGAAAAUUUAAGGAUUUCUUGCUUGCACAUGUACCAAUACUGCGAGAAAAGUAUUGGCCAACAUUUUGGUGUCUUGAAUCGAGAGCACAGACUGUAUUUGCAAGUCUACUUCGGUCGAGGCUUCUUCCUAACAUAAAAUACCAGAGGGAGAUCUUGAAGUUGAGUGAUGGUGGACAGGUGGCAUUGGAUUGGCUGGAAGAAGGCUGUCCUACCAAUGCACCAAUUAUCAUCAUUCUUCCUGGUUUGACAGGGGAAAGCCAGGCAGAGUAUGUUAAGUGCCUAGUAAAUUCAGCCAGCCGCAUCAAGUUAAGAGUGGUUGUCUUCAACAAUAGAGGUCUUGGUGGGAUUUCUUUGAAGACACCAAGAACAUAUUGUGCUUCAAAGUGUGAUGACUUGUCAGAAGUUGUAAAUCAUAUUAGGUCUCUGAAUCCAGGGAUCCCCCUUGUAGCAGCUGGUGUUUCUAUGGGAGGACUUAUAUUGGGCAACUACUUGGUAUCACAGUUUUCUAAGCCAGACAAACCAAUCUCAGCUGCUAUGGUAAUAUCAGUACCCUGGAAUGUAUUUAAAGGCACAGAAAGCAUUGAGAAACCAGUCCUCAACUUAUUGUUGAAUAGACAUCUUGUUGGAGGUCUCUGUAAGAAUAUUCAAAGAUUAAAACGUGAUAAAGUACCCCAAGGACCAUGGGAUCUGGAAGAGGUUUUGAAGAGCAAGACAAUACGGGAGUUUGAUUCAUCUUACACCACAAAACAGUUCGGCUACAAAGACGUAGAAUCCUACUACACAGAUGCCACUAUCCAUGACAAACUACACAAAAUUGAAGUUCCAUUAUUGUGCCUCAGUGCAGGGGAUGAUCCAUUUCAGCCUUUGGAAGUACAAUUGUUCAUUAUCAUGAUUGCUACUCAACAAUCUACCCAGGACAAGUUGCAGCUGAUAUUUAUUUUUUUAUCAUCCCUGAUUAUUUACAAUCUGUCCUACAUGGACUUUCAGUAAAUCUUCUGACAUUGUCUAAUGAUGUGCGGAAUACAUGUCCAGUGACAAUCUUCCUUAAUAAUUAACUUAACGGUACAUUACUUGUGGCUUGAGUGGGAUUCGAACCCACGGUCCCAGUGACCAAGCGUCACAAUGCCCACGCCUCAGACCCCCUGAUAUUUAUUUAGAAUGAAUAAAAUGAUGUAUAAGGAAUAUCACUUAUAAAAACUGAUUUACAUAUGCAGUUAAACAAGUCAGGAUGGUAGUCUGAUAUAUGUGUAAAUCACGACUGAUUCCACUUUCACCAUUUUACACCCUCCAUAAUUGAUACAGAGCCUUUAAAUAAAUCUGUAGUCUAUCAGCUGUAACAUUUGUUAAAAUGAUGGUUCAUACUCAACAUUUGAUGUGGCUCUCACACCCGAAAGCCAAAGUUAUACAUUACAAAAUUCUCAAGUACAAUAUGCAUCAUGCUAUUAUUAAAUUGUAAAAAAGUGACAUUCUUAAAUAUUACAUAUUUUUUUCAGUUUGAUUUUUAUGUAAUGUAUAGUAUGGUUCCUGUGAACCAAACUGGAUUCUAAAAUGAAUUCUCAUUACACUUUCAAGUUAAAUCUUUACUAAAUUUAAAUUCAUCAACUGUCAGGACUUGAAAAUUUAGAUAGGCAGACAUGAUUUCCACAUAAUAAUUUUGUGCCCUUUAUGGACAUAAUGAUGCUGGCCUUGUAAUCCUGGGAUCCCGGGUUCGAUUCCCGCCGGUGCCCGAAUUUAUAACUUGUGUUGGGCGAG